GUGAAGGACCCGGCCGGCCCUGCCCUUUUUGUAAUGCUCUGACUCUCGGUGCUGUUGACACAGGAAUCAUUUCUGUUUUUGAUAUUUUCCUUCAUAUAAAUCGAUUAAAAUGCCCUUGUUUGAAGGGUUGGGCAGUGGAGGAGAGAAAACAGCCGUGGUCAUUGAUUUAGGAGCCGCGUACACAAAAUGUGGUUUUGCUGGAGAAACAGGGCCCAGAUUCAUCAUUCCCAGUCAAAUUAAACGCCCUGGAUCACAGGAGGUUAUUGGUGUCGUUCAGUACAACAUUAACACAGAAGAGUUAUAUAAUGUCCUGAAGGAGUUCAUUCAUCUGCUGUACUUUAGGCAUUUGCUGGUGAAUCCUCGCGACCGGCGUGUUGUCAUUAUUGAAUCCAUCCUUUGCCCUUCACACUUCAGAGAAACGCUCUCCAAAGUCUUCUUUCAACAUUUUGAGGUUCCUUCGGUUGUGUUUGCUCCCAGUCAUCUGAUGUCCGUCAUGACUUUGGGUGUGCAGUCUGCUCUUGUGAUGGACUGUGGCUACACAGAGACUCUGGUGUUACCGAUUUAUGAAGGGAUUCCCAUCUUGUCUGCGUGGGAAGCUUUGCCACUAGGAGGAAAGGCCAUUCAUAAGGAGUUACACAGUCUGUUAAGUGAACAGUGUACGGUGGACGCAGGUGCAGGUCUCCGUCUGCCCACUGUCAAAAGCUGUAUUUCAGAGGACAUUGUGGAGGACAUCAAAGUGAGGACGUGUUUCGUCAGUGACCUUCAGAGGGGCUUAAAGAUCCAGAAGGCCAAAUUUAACAUUGAUGGAUCAGACGAGAGACCUGCACCUCCACCAGAUGUUGAAUAUCCAUUGGAUGGGCAGAAGAUUCUGCAUGUAAAGGGUUUCAUCAGAGACUCUGUAGCUGAGAUGUUGUUCGAGCAGGAUAAUGAAGAGAAAUCCAUUGCUACGCUGCUACUCGACACUUUAGUAAAGUGCCCCAUAGACACGCGAAAGGUUCUGUCAGAGAACCUGGUGAUAAUCGGAGGAACGGCCAUGCUGCCUGGGUUUCUGCACAGACUCCUGGCUGAAAUCCGCUCGCUGGUUGAAAAACCAAAGUACUGCAAUGCUUUGGCUACCAAGAGCUUUCGUAUCCACAGCCCCCCCGCCAAACCCAACUGCACUGCCUGGUUAGGAGGUGCAAUAUUUGGAGCGUUGCAAGACAUCUUGGGUAGCCGGUCUGUGUCCAGAGAUUACUACAACCAGACAGGGCGUAUCCCAGACUGGUGCUGUCUCAGCAGCCCACCACCUGAUUCAGUGUACGAGGCGGGAAAAACACCUCCACCGCUCAUGAAGAGAGCUUUCUCCACUGAAAAAUGAACCACAAUCAUCUCACAAAACUCUACAGCUUCAUUCUAACAUCAUUUAUCUGCUUAUUAGAGAUGCUCAUGUAUGUUCACAACAGAAACAUCUGCACUAAAUCCACCAGGGGGCAGUCACCAUCAUUACAUAUCAUCUACAGACCUUCCUCUCCAUUCAUGUGUGAAUGUAGCAGUGGUCUUGUAUAGAAAUCUCCAUUUAAAAUUCUAAUUUUCACAGGCGUAUGUGUUUUAUUGAAACAAUUGUCUGCGCACAACCUUAGUUAUCUGUCUCGAGCGAUUUCCAUUUAGCUUACAGAAGCACAUAGAAGGCCUCAUGUGUGAAGAAAAAAAUCCCAUUUCAAUGAAAAUGAAUGAAAAGCUCAACGUUAUUUAUUUGGAUUGUAAAUAAACAUUCCCAUAUUAGACUGUAAUGGGGUCUUUGGUCAUUUUUCAGUAAAGUUAUUUUUAGUUGUUUCUUGUGUCAUUUAUUAUUCAAAUAUUUUCAGAGUGGGUUUACAUGCACAAAAUAAGUAGAUAUCAGUCAUAAAUCAGCAUGUUGUUUUCAUACGCUUGCAUCCAAAUCAAUAAAUUGGCAUUUUGAUAUUUAUUAAGUUUCUCACAGGCAUUGACGUCACCGCUCAUAGUCUGCAUAGUCAUUCAUCAAGCUGUUCUGUUUUAUCUCUUCUGAUCUCUACAGAACUUGUAAAUGUAACCUGAGCUUCUCAUUUCACAGAUCCUCUGGCAACUGCACGAGUCUAGAGCAGACCUUUAUGUGUUAAUUUAUUCUUAGUUCCAUUUGUGAUGUUUAUCUUUUACAUGCGCACAUAAACAAAACUGUGAGAAAGCCGGUUAAAUGUGUAUUGUGUAACUUUUAGGAGGAUCUCUUGACAAAAAUGUAAUUUAAUAUACAUGACUAUACUAUCAGUGGUGUAUAAAGACCUUACAUAAUGAACUGUAUUGUUUUCAUUAA